CUUGACUAGCUUGACGCAGGUCUGAGGCCUUGUGUGUUUUCAACGCAGGGAGAGCCAAGAAGAAAGAUGGCGUCGUUAGGCGACCCGGAGCGGGACACCGGCCAUUCACUUUGAGCUUUCCGCCCGAAAUUGGAGACGGUGGGCCCGUGGGAACUUUUGCAUGACCCCGCCUAGUGUUUCCUUCUCGCGGCUCCGAGAUUGAAGCGGAAAAGAAGAGGCGCGCUCCUCCAAUGCGGGGCAGGCGAGGAAGGCCGCCCAAACUGGCGGCUGGGAUGCGGGAGGGCUCGUCCGGGCCGACCCGCGGCUCUCGGAGCGGACGGAGCAGAGGGACCCGGGGACGAGGACGGGGCAGAGGACGGGGCUUCAGCGAGGUGGAGGCGGACAUAUCCGGCCGAGAGAACUUGCAUUUGUCCCGGGGCCGCAAGAAAGUUGCAGCCGCCGCUGAGGCAUCGCGGGGCCGGGGAAGCAGAGGCCGAGGCAGGGGGUCGAGAGGCGGAGCGAGGCGGCCUGCGAUCAAGGUGGUGUACGACGACAACAGCGACGAGGAGGACGACAACUUGAGCUACCGAUCGGAGGAGGAGGACGAACUCCUCAACGACAACCCGUCGGAAGACGAGGAGGCCUUGCUGGGGAUGGACUCUGACUUCGUGGAGGAAGAGGAUGAGGACGAGGAAGAGGACGUGGACGAGGACGAGGAUGAGGAGGGCAGCUACUGCACGGACAGCAGUGCGGGGAGCCCCAGCACGCCAGGCAGACGAAGGAGUCUAGUGGUACAGGAGCAGUCCCCUGUCUUCGAGCCGCAAGACAUUCCCUCGUUGGAUCUUCCCAAGUCCUCCGAGGACCUCCCGGUUCCUACCUCCCAGCUCCUCAACGUGUCGGCCGUCUACGAGGUUCUCCGCAACUUCGGCACGGUGCUGCGGCUCUCCCCUUUUCGCUUUGAAGACUUCUGCGCGGCGGUGGCCAGCCAGGAGCAGUGCAUGCUGCUGGCAGAGACACACAUCUCCUUACUCAAGGCUAUUCUCAGAGAGGAGGACACUUCCAAUACCACUUUUGGGCCUGCUGACGUGAAGGAUUCUGUUAAUUCAACGCUCUAUUUUGUGGACGGUAUGACCUGGCCGGAGGUUUUGAGGGCGUACUGCGAGAGCGAUGCGGAAUACCGCCACGUUCUGCCUUUGCAGGAAGGGGAAGAUUACCCCUUUGAACCGUUGGAAAGUAAAAUCAAAGUUCUCCAGUUUCUAGUGGACCAGUUUCUGGCGACCAACAUCGCUAGGGAAGAGCUCAUGUCAGAAGGCGUGGUGGCCUAUGACGACCACUGCCGGGUGUGCCACCGCCUUGGCGACCUGCUGUGCUGCGAGACCUGCGCAGCCGUUUACCACUUGGAGUGUGUGAAGCCGCCGCUGCAGGAAGUUCCCGAAGACGAGUGGCAGUGCGAGGUGUGCGUGGCCCACAAGGUGCCCGGUGUGGCCGACUGCAUCCCUGAGGUACAGAAGACGAGACCAUUCCUCCGGCAGCUGCCCGUCGGCUUUGACCGACACCGCCGCAAAUACUGGUUCCUGAAUCGCCGCGUUGUCGUAGAAGAGGAUGGUGAGCAGGAGGACAAAGCCAUCUGGUACUACAGCACCAAGGUCCAGCUGGCUGAGCUCAUCAACUGCUUGGAUAAGGAAUACUGGGAGGCCAACCUCUAUGCCGCUCUUGAAGAAAUUCGAGAUGAGGUGCAUGUUCACAUGGACAUCACAGAGGACCUCACCAACAAGGCUCGGGGCAACAACAGGUGUUUCCUCACCGUCGCUAACGAGGAGAUCCUGGAGCGUCUGCGGGCCAAGAAGGAAGAGGAGCUGCAGGAAAUAAAGAGGCGGGCUGCUGAGGAGGCCCUCAAAGCUCGUCUGGAGCAGCUGAAAGAUGAGGGGGAGCAGGUGGACGUGGCGAAAGACCACCAAGACGCCAAGUUGAAUGAAGGCGAAGGACAUCAGGACGUCGACGUCAAAGAAGCGGCCGAGAUGGAUGACAAGGAGACGAAUGGCGACGUGGAGGAAGAGAAGAAACAUGUUGUCACUGCUGAAGUAGAAAAUGCAUCAUCCGAAUGUGUUCCUGCGAGUGGCGACGAUGUCCCGAGUCUGAGCCACCCCAGCCAGGUGAUGGAGGAGAACAGUAACAGCAGCAUGGUCCCACCCAGGGACCCUGAACUCCCUGACCUGGCCGACAAGUCCUCCCAGUCAUCCCUGGCCAGCUUGGAAGACACAGGAGAGAGCAGAGAUUCCACCAACGGGGAGAUGGUGUGUCUGGGUGGUAAGAAGUCCGCUGCAACUCGCAUGGUGACCCGACUGAGGAACCCAGACAGCAAGCUGAGCCAGAUGAAGAGCCAGCAGGUGGCUGCUGCCCUCCAUGAAGCCAACAAGGGCUUCAAGGAGGGUAAAGAGAUCCUAGUAGUGAAUGCACAAGGGGAUGUGACCCGUGUCAGCACACGCAGCAAAGACGUGGUGAUGAAGGGCUUGAUCUGUCAGUUCUUCAAACUGGGCCAGGAGGGCAAGUAUCGUGUCUAUCACAACCAGUACAGCACAAAUACCCUGGCCCUCAACAAGCACCAGCACAGAGAGGACCACGACAAAAAACGCCAUCUCUCCCACAAGUUCUGUUUGACACCGGCAGGGGAAUUCAAGUGGAACGGGUCCAUCCACGGUUCUAAGCUGAUCACCAUCUCUACACUGAGACUCACCAUCAUCCAGUUGGAAAACAAUGUGCCAUCACCGUUCAUGCACCCCAACUGGGCCUCACACAGGACCAAUUGGAUCAAAGCAGUUCAGAUGUGCAGCAAGGCCAGAGAGUUUGCUCUGGCUUUGGCCAUCCUGGAGUGUGCCAUCAAGCCUGUGGCAACCAUGCCGGUCUGGAAGGACUCCCUCGGCCACACCAGGUUAAACCGCAUGACUUCAAUGGAGCGUGAGGAGAAAGAGAAAAUCAAGAAGAGGGAGAGGAAGCUUGAGGAUGAGGAGACGAUGCAACAGGCCACCUGGGUCAAAUACACUUUUCCAAUUAAGCACCAGGUGUGGAAACAGAAAGGAGAAGAAUAUCGUGUUACCGGUUACGGAGGUUGGAGUUGGAUCAGUAAAACCUAUAUCCAGAGGUUUCUCCCAAGACUUCCUGGCAACACCAACGCCAACUACCGCAAAGAACUUGAAGAUGCUAAGCUUGGCCUGAAGUGCAGCCUUUUGGAUUUGGGUCAACGGCCCAGUGUCCAUGAACCUGAAUGUCAGGGAGUCUCUGAUGGGAACUUUGGUACCACCACAGUCAACUCAUCUACGCCGACACACAAUCACACCUUAGUUGGGAAUUUGGAGUCCAGCAAAGAGCUGAAAAAGGAGACAAGAGAAGAGACAUCUAAUGAACGGCCUGUGGACCAAUCACCAGCCAAGAUGGAGUUCAAUCCCCAACACUUACAAUCAGAUGAUGAGCAAAUGCCCAGGAUUAAGGAGGAGCCCGUAGACGACCCCCUUCACCCUUUUAACCAUGACGUUGUGGACGUCAGCAAGGGCUUCCUCACCCGCAUCCCUUACAAGAGGGUGAAAGCCUCCAAACUUGACGGCCUGCUGGAGCGGCGAGUGAAGCAGCACGCCAUCGAAGAGCUACAGAGGAGUCAGGAAUCUGCCAGCAAAUCCCCGACUGCUUCAACACCUCCGCUUCACAGCACCCCCGUCAGGCCACGCUCGCCACUUAAGCCCAAGAGUCUGGCGCAGGAGCUGUUCAGAGAGGGUGGGUGUGCCACAGAGGAGCAAACCUCUGGCGGGCCUGCAGACGUGGAGGGUGGCAGUCAGACUCCCAAUGAGGUGGCUUUUUGCCUUUCUUCAAUAGCCAAAGACAAUUGUAGUUCAACAACUGGAGAGGAACCUGCUUCACCCACAAAGCAAAGCAGCAUGCUUUCUUCACAACUGGAGCUCAACUGCGAAGAAAGGACUGUGGGGCCAAAAGAUUGCUGCUCAGAGCAAGAAAGAAGGAUAGACACUCGUAAGGCUGCACUUAUUGAGGUACCUCAUGUGGACUUGUUUAGGACACUCACAAGAAACACUGCCCUUCCUAAAGCAUCCCUCCAAAGCCCAGAGACUUUAGGCUCAAUGGAGCUAGACAUGCAGGCUAAUGGCACGGGGUGUGAUGAACACCUGGAGAGUACUCCUGAACUCUCUCCUCUUUCACUUUCUCCUCUCCCUCAGAUGAACGGUAACGAUGGUUUAGGGAGUCCAAAUAGCACUAACAGUACCAAGGUGACCAGCAUUGGUCAAGGAGAGGAUCAGGGUAAGCAACAAAAGCCUUUGCUUAAUGGGGAUUUGUUUCUUGUGAACAAAAGUAUACACGCCGCAGAAAAGGAGAGCAACAUAACGUCAGAUUUGGACUACCGACCUCCAGUAAAGGUGUUGAAGCUGGAGAACAACAUCGAUGCCCUGACUAAGAGCUCUCCACAGCACAAAUGUGCAGAUGCUAGAGCCACUCCUGCAGUCAAGGUCAUUAGAAUGGCGCCCUCUCCUGUCCCCUCAGCAGAGGAGUCCAGUUUGAGCGAUGAGUUUGCUGAGGAGAAUAGUGAGAGUGGCACGACUACAUUGUCCAAGACCCUGGUCAGGCAAGUAACAACCACCACAACGGUGGUGUCCACAGAGACCAGGACACUGCCACCCAACAGGGAUCCAACGUGCGUGGCAGAGAGCGCGGUGUCCACCCUCACCACCAUGACCAAAACAACCGUGACCAAAAUGUCUUCCUCCAGUCCGUCAGAAGACCGCCAGAGUGAAAUAAUUGCACAGAAACAGGAGACGACCCUCUCAUCCUCUGUCACGAAAUCAACAACGGACCCGAGCGGUACAACCUCAGUCUGGCAUGUAUUCCAGGAAGACUCCACAACCAGAGGCCGCGUGCGCCUCCUUAAAUUCUCCCACGCCAAGAAGAUGCGCUCCGACACUGCCCUUCCUUCCUAUCGCAAGUUUGUCACCAAGAGCGAGCGCAAAAGCAUUUUUGUGUUGCCGUACGACAGCUUGAAGGUGCUGGCGAGGCGGGGGGGAUUACGUGAGGUGCCCGUCUUUAACUAUAACGCCAAACCAGCCCAGGAUAUAUGGCCGUAUCCUUCACCUCGACCCACCUUUGGCAUCACCUGGCGAUACCGCUUGCAGACAGUGAAGACGUUGGCGGGUGUGAGUCUGAUGCUGAGAUUGCUGUGGGCUUGUUUAAGAUGGGACGAGAUGGCCGUCAAGCCCUCUGCGGCUGUCAGCACCGCACGGACAGAGACAUCAGACACUGAAAUCACCACCACGGAGAUCAUCAAGCGUCGUGACGUGGGACCCAACAGCAUUCGUUCGGAGUACUGCAUCCGCAAAAUUGUCUGGCCCCUUGGGGCUCCUGAGACCCCCAAAGAGACCCACACCCCACAGAGGAAGGGUCUGCGCUCCAGUGCCUUGCGGCCCAAGAAGCCCGAGCCUGCCAAGCAGACGGGUCCAGUGGUGAUGGAGACCUGGGUUGCUGAGGAAGAACUGGACCUGUGGGAGAUCAGAGCAUUCUCAGAGAGGGUGGAGAAAGAAAAAGCUCAAGCAGCUGAACAAGCUAAGAAACGUCUGGAGCAGAAACCAGGCUCGGUCACGGCUACUCCCACAGGAACUCCCGCAACACCCGUGGUGACACCGAAGGCCGUGGUGGGUUCGACGCCAGGACAGGGAACUGCAAGCGCUAAGGUGGUGCUGACCUCCAAGGUGGGCGGCCCGGUCAAAUAUCAGCAGAACAAGAACUUCCAGCAAUCGUUUGCCACUUGGAUUAAACAGGGCCAAGGAACACAAGUGGGCACAGAGGCCACUGUGGCCGCAGCUGGCGGGCACACCUUUCAGAUUACUGAAACCACAGUGGAUGGAAAGGUGGUGACCACCAAGGUGCCGCUUCCAGCCAACAGCAAGAUCAUCACAGUCAACAUACCAACGUCACAAGGAGGAGUUGUGCAGCAGAAGGUGCUCGGUAUCAUCCCGUCCAGUACAGCGGCUGGUGCUCGCACCUUUUCAGCGUUACAGCCACGCUGCAUCCGACCUGGUCUCCCGGGCUCCCAUCAACCGAUCCGUCCGAAGACAGUGACCGGCGCUCUGGGGAAGACACCCCUUGUGGUCCAGCAAGGUCAACAAGUAGUGACUCAGAUCCUACAAGGCCAGGCAGUGUCCCCCUCGGUGACUGGAGCCAGCCCGGUUGCCACGGUUACCGGCCAGGUGGCAGCCAGCCCCACUACGACAUCCGGCCAGGUGAAACUCACCUUGUCGCAGCUGGCUCAGCUAACGCAGUCUUCACAGAAGCAGCAGGCCGGCUCAGGUGUGGACCGCCAGCCAGGUGUGGGCGGCACUCACCAGGCUGUGACUCUGAUGAUCCAUGGUCAGGGCCAGACCACUGGCCAGCUUCAGGUCAUACCUCACGGCAUCACCGUCAUCCCCGGUCCUGGCCAGCAGCUCAUGCAGGCCACACUGCCCAACGGUCAGGUGCAGCGUUUCUUGUUCACGCCGCCGUCCACCGUGGCCACGCCCACCUCCAACGCAGCCACCACACCCUCCGGUCAGCCCAACUCGGACUCCAGCAAAACACCAGCCCAGCCUGCUCAACGGGCAGCCGCCCCCGUCCAGCCGGGGGUGGCCGCCCUGACCACUAGCAGCACGCCACAAGGCCAGUUACCCUCACAGACGCAGGCCCACAUGCCCAUUCAGUCUCCCACCUCGCUGCAGGCGGGAAGUGCCAAGACACCCCAGCUCAUCGUGUCUGGGCUGCAGCAGCAGGUCCAGGUGCUGGCCCAGCUGCAGACUCCCAGUGGCACAUCUGUACCGCAGCACUUCAAACUGCAGCUGCCUGUUCACAUACAACAGACCAAGUCAGCUCAGGGAGGAGAGAUGGGGAACGUGGUGACCAUCCAGGCGGCGUCCAUACAGGAGCAGCUCCAGAGGAUCCAACAGCUCCGAGAGCAGCAGAAGAAGAAGAAGAAACAAGCCGCAGAAGCCAAGAAAGAGCAAGCCCUCAACUCUGUCAGCCAGAGAGACCUGAUUCAGAAACAGGUUGUAACCAAGCAGAAUGCUUUCAUUGAAUAUCUCAAGCAGAAGAAGACUGUCACACCUGAGGAGAAAGAAGAGAAUCAGAGAAUGAUCGUGUGCAACCAGGUGAUGAAGUUCCUGUUGGACCGCAUAGACCGAGAUGAGAGGCAGGACGCCAACAGGAAGAAGAAGGAGAAGGUGGUGGAAUCCAAGAAGAGGCUGGCCAAAGCCAACAAGCUGGCCGCGCUUCUUCAUCGCCACAAAGAGAGCCUGAAGAAUGAGAUCUUGAAGAAGCGGGCGCUGCUUGAUGAGAGGCUUCGUCUGGAGGCGCAGGGGGAGCUAAAGAUGGACCUUGUAAGGAUCCGCAGGGAGAAGGAGAGAGCUCAGGCUGCAGCCCAGCAGGCUCUCAGGCAGCAGCGAGUACAGAGCAUAAGCACUCAGCAGCAGCAGCAGCAGCAGCACGCCACCACGCACAAGAGGAAGCGUGACGAGGACAGGGAGUUGACCACCUCGGCCAAGUCCAAGAAGAAAAAGAUGAUCUCCACCAGCAGUAGCAAGGAGAGCAAGAAGGACACCAAAGUCUACUGUGUCUGCAAGACGCCUUACGACCAAACCAAGUUCUACAUCGGCUGCGACCUGUGCACCAACUGGUACCACGGGGAGUGCGUGGGAGUGACGGAGAAAGAAGCCCAGGACAUGGAAGACUACAUCUGUGUGGAGUGCAAACAGAGCACCAAGGAGGAGCUCUACUGCAUCUGUCACACACCCUAUGAUGAAUCACAGUUCUACAUUGGCUGUGAUCGCUGUCAGAACUGGUACCACGGUCGCUGCGUGGGCAUCCUGCAGAGCGAGGCCAACCACAUCGACGAGUACGUGUGCCCGCAGUGCCAGUCCACGGAGGACGCCAUGACGGUCCUCACGCCACUCACGGAAAAAGACUAUGAAGGCCUGCGGAGGAUAAUGCGCUCUUUAAUGGCCCACAAGAUGGCGUGGCCCUUCCUGGAGCCAGUAGACAAGAACGACGCCCCAGACUACUACAAAGUGAUCAAGGAACCAAUGGGCAUGAGGGCCUGCAACGUAUUCAUGAGGGCCUGCAUCGUAUUCAUGAGGGCCUGCUGGCUGCAACACUUGGUUUAG